CGCCGUCGUCUGCACACACACAGAUCGGCGAACCGUACGCUGUGCAUCGCUGUUGUGUUGGCGAGCCGUUCCGAUCAACUUACGGUAUUUUUUGAUUGCGUAAACAUUUUUUUUUUUCGAAUUCUCUACUACAAAUUGAGAAUUUUUUUAUCGGUUUAAAAUUGAUUUGUCUGAAAAGUACAAAAAUAAUUAACAUAUUUGUUCGCCAUUCGCGUGUCCGAGAAUAAAAGCGUGUUAUAAUUGGUGUUGUGAUAUUAAUUAAUGUUUGAGGGGGGAACGUUGGUCCGCGACCGACUAUGGUGCGAAUGAGGUGCGAUGAGCGUGAUGACGGCGUAUGAUAACCGUAUUUGGUGAGAUAUUAUUGUGGUCGACGCUUGACAACGUCAACGAUGGUGGUCGGUGGUCAUGUGCGUUGCAAAUGAGCCAUGCUGUCUUCGUACGUGCGGCUGGGUCUCCUUCUGUUGUGUGCCACAACCGCGCCACCGGCCGGCCAAGCUGCCACAUCGUCCAACGUGCACAACAACAAAAGAGAAGCUGACUACACGCUGGACGAUUCGUAUUGGAACGAGGAGAGCCCUGUCGGAGAAGUGGAAAGGCUCCUACGGGAUUAUCGACAAAACCAAGAGCUGGUGCGGAACAUCGGAGCCAAUUACUAUCAGAUCAUCUACCCGGUACAAAUCAGACAUCAUGACAAAAUGGGCAUCUCUACCCGAGAGGUAGGGUCGCAGAAGUUUCCCAACAUAGGACCGCAUGGAUCCAACGAAGGAUAUUCAUCUGGCGGAUCUUUCCGGUCGAAAUCUCGGAUGGGGAAACAUUUUCACAAAACUUCUAUAUUAAUAAAAGCAUUUAACCAUAAAUUUCGCCUCGACCUGGAGCUCAACACAGAAUUAUUAGCACCGAAUUUAGUACAGAAACAUUUUUUACCUCAUGGAGCUGAACAGGUUUCCAAACAAGAAAUUGAACAUUGCUAUUACCACGGUACCGUGAAGGACAUGCCUGGAGCCACUGCUGCGUUUCACACGUGUAAUGGCGUUGCCGGUGUCAUACACAUAGGCAAUGAAACAUUCAUUAUACAUCCAUUUUAUGGCGGAGACUUGUCGCAGAAACACCCUCAUGUGAUAUUUGAGGCCAGGGACAAGGCAAAACGUGGGUGUGCCAAUGAGCUGAGGCUCGACCGGAAGAGCAAGUACGCCAGCGGAUUUGUGGGCGGGAGGUUUCGAAAAAAAAGACGGCUAAAACGAGAUCUCAGAGAGAGGACUAAAUACAUAGAGACCGCUCUUAUUUUAGACAAAGCUAUGUUUGAAAUGAGAAAUGGCAGCACUAGAUCGGAAGUGAUUACCGAUGCCAUUCAAAUAGCUAACAUUGCCGAUUUAUAUUUUCGAACAAUAAACACUCGAGUGUCUGUGGUUUACAUCGAGACAUGGCAAGGAGCCAAUCAGGCUCCAAUCGACAAAAACCAAGAGAUCAGCGCCGCAUUGCUCAAUUUCAACGAAUAUUCAUCACGCGAGCUGUUCAAUGUAGCCAAAGACACGGCUCAACUACUUUCGGGUGAAUAUUUUGUCGGCGGCGAAACUGGAAUGGCCAUUCAUGGAACGGUUUGCACUUCCAAAUCUGUUGGAAUCAGUGUCGAUGUCAACGCUUAUGAGCCGCACAUCAUUGCCGGUUCGAUGGCUCAUAUGAUCGGUCAUAACGUUGGAAUGGGCCACGAUGAUAAAAGAGAAGAGUGUAAUUGCGUAGACUGGCACGGAUGUAUUAUGCAACAAUCCAUUGUGGGCAUGGAGAACAUUCAGCCCUACAAGUUCAGCGACUGCAGCCUAAACGAUUAUAUAAAUGAAUUCCGAGAAACGAGAAAUAUGUGCUUGCUCAAUAAACCCAACGAGAUCGCAAAUUCGCAACACAAAUGUGGGAACAAUAUAGUAGACGAGGACGAAGAAUGCGAUUGUGGUAGUUAUGAUAACUGCAGGGAGACCGAUCGAUGUUGCGAUCCGACUACGUGCAAACUUUACAAAGAAGCCGAAUGUUCGGAGUCUGGUAGCUGCUGUAACAAAGAAUGCAAACUAAUGUCCAACGGCACCUUGUGCAGAGAAGCCAUCAGUGUAUGCGACUUACCCGAGUACUGCUCUGGCAAUAGUGGAGAAUGUCCGGAUGACAUGUUUGUGAAGAACGGCAAACCUUGUGGCAAGAACCACGCAGCUUAUUGUUAUAUGGGCCAAUGCCCCACACUGAACGAGCAGUGCGAACAAAUCUGGGGAUACGAUGGGAUAUCAUCGGAAAAACAGUGUUAUGAAGAAUUUAACACCCAAGGAACUAUGAGCGGACAUUGUGGCAUUUUGACUGAUGAGAUGGAUAUUGAAACGUAUCUCAAAUGUGAUGAAAAAAACGUUCAGUGCGGUUCACUUCAAUGCCAAAAGGGUAGCAGGUAUCCUCAAAGUGGACUCACGCACAGUCAUACGGAAACUUUUAUUACCUUACACAACAAAAAUUACGAGUGCAAAUCAACAACUGGUUCUAAAAAAUACAGUUUGGUUCAAGAUGGUACUCGAUGUGGUGAAAAUAUGAUUUGUAUCAAUCAAACAUGCACACGUCUAUUUGUAGAAAUUGGUAAAUGUCCCAGCAACCACAACAAUUUAGAAUGCUCCUCACAUGGAAUUUGCUCAAACAUAGAUCAAUGUUUCUGUGAUAGCGGUUGGACAGGAAUUGACUGUUCAUUAAAAAUAGAAAUAUAUUCUUCUUCUCCUAUCGACUCUGGGGCGCAAACCUUGUCACCCGAAGAUGCUAAAAAAGCCAUGAGUGAUUUGGAGAAGAAAAUGAUAAUGAAAGAAACCCCAUACGUAAAUGCUCACAGCACCAACACGGGUGUCUUGGUAAUGAUACUCAUGACCGCGGUCGGAGUGGUGUUUAUGAUUUUCACGUGUUCCGCUUUGUGCUAUCGCCACGUGGUUGUGUACAAAAUGAAUCCGUGUUUUUGCUUCAGGAGAGGUGGUGAAAAACCUGGAACUGACAAGCAGAAACCUUCGACCAGCACAACACCUAUAUCUAAGCCGUCCAGAUUCGAUGCACCUUCCGAGGAGUCAGUCGAAGAAAUGCCAAUGGUUAACAUGAAUAGAAUGACGAAAUAUGGAAACCAAUCCCCUUAUAAUCGUUCAGAAACAGGAUCUCACAAAAUGCUAUUUCAUUCUAAUAAUCAUUUGUCGCCGAGCACUUCCGGCAUUUCAAUGGAACACAAAUCUCAUAAUUUAUCUAGAUUAGGUUUAUGUUCCAAUGAUGAAGAUGACAACGUUCAAGAUGCUCUUCAUAUGGAUGGUCGUGGAAGUAGCUGUGGUAUACCUCCUGGCUCUGUAAGCAUUUCCGACAUGGAACGAAAGAUAAAAUCCUUAGAUGGAUACCACGGUGACCUUUUAGAAAAACUCCGAACUGCUGCACACAGGUCAGGUGCAAGAUCAAGCAGUGAAGAUUUAUUGUGGCGCACGCUAACCGAAACGGCCGAAUCUGCCUAUAAUCGAAUAGCUGCCAGCCAGGAAAGAUUAGGCGAAGACAGACACGGUCUCCCCCAGAGUCACACAGUGCUAUCCGAAUCUGGAGCACCCGCUUGUCAUCGACACCCCUACAGGAGAUCAAGCAGACGAUCCGAAAUCGGACCGGAAGACGACGAUGACACCAAUAAAGAAAUGACGUCGUCAACGAUUCGUAUUCGAAAUCUCGAAGAUCUCUUCAAACAGAUUCAAGAGCACACUGUUAGACACAGUCCUUCCGGGUCAGAUGACAAUCGGAUGUCCGAACCAGAAGUAGACAGGCAUUUCAGGCACGAUUCGCAUAACGGAUGCGAAGAACCCAGAUUUGUGAGAGGCUGGUAUCGACCGGCCAGUAGGGCGACCAGUGGUUCAGCAUCGCCUUACCUCCAGUCAGCCGCUCGAAUGGCCACUGCGGCCACCGUUCACGCGACAACAGCUCAUCGACCAAUAGCGCGAUCGGCUAGCCUGGACAUGCCGGUGGCCGCGGAUGAUGGCGUCCAGCAGUCGGCAACAGUAGCAAAGGCAGCGAUGAGGACGUGCAACAGCGCUAGGAGCAGCCAACGGACGCAUUGCAGCCCGUCGUCCGCCAGACGUCAGCGAAGAAACGACACAGCCAACUGCAACAAAGACACCACCUGCGCUGCCACCACGGCAAUCACUGGUAUUGCCGCCAUCACCGCCAACGGACUAUCCACUCUGCUCAACAACCAGUUUCCUGAAUACAACCAUUGACGUAUAUUAACUUCCCCCUAGAUGCCGUUUUUUUUUUUUUUUUUACCUUCUCGCCCGAUUUUUAAUCACAAGACAAUAUUAAAAACCAGCUCUUCCACCGUACAAAUAAAUAGUAUUCAUGUAAUGUACAUAGUUUUAAUGGUUAUGUCGUUCAAUGAAAAAUACUUUUGUCAUUAAAUUUAUUUUCGGAAAAAAAUAGCGCAAUUAUUAAAACACUCAUCCGAUGGAUGUUAUACUUACUAAUCGGACCCGCGAUUUUUAUUGUUUUACAGUAAACAUAACGGUCACAAAAGCGAUCGAUAUUUUAGGACGAAUUUCAUAUAAAUAUUUGUUUUUUGCUAAGAUUUAUGCCAGUGAGAAAAUUUAACGACAGUUUAGACAUUUAAUUUAUGCUUUUAAAGAUGAUAACUAUUCAUUUAUUCUUCUUAAGGUAACUAUUUUAAGUGGCAAUAAAAAAAUUGUGCCAACGUUUAAUAAAUGUAAUACGAAAAUCAAUAAUUAGCAUGUUAAACGAAUAAUAAUAAUUUUAGUUUCAUUUACAUUUUUUUUCAGCUUUAAUUUAACAUCCUUUUACUCUUAACAUAAGUAGUUAGAACACCGAAUCGUUUUAAUCAACCAUAUUUUUAGUAUUGGACGUUUUUGGAUGAGUUUCGAAGUUCAAAAAACCCAUUGCCAGUUCAGGCAACACUCCAACGUCAAAAACCAUUAUACGGGUAAAACAGAUAUAUUAUGAAAAAUAAUUUAAUGCUGUUACUGAAUACUUUAGGAAUAACGUUAUACAUGAAUAGGUCCACGUGCAAUAAGUAUACAAUUUAAAGUUAUUGUUGAAAUUUAAUUUCCGUGUACAUAUUUUACCAGGGUUAUUUUUUAUGUAAUUAAUUCAUAUACAAUUUAGAUUAAUAAUUUAAAAUAAUACGUACCUAAAUCUAAUUUUUUACUUUAAGAACGUACUAACAAAUCUUCAAUUCAUUUUUAGGUAUGUUCCUACUGCCAAUUUAAUUGUUUUUUAAUAGUACUACAUGUAGAAAAUUUAAUAAUUAAUAACUACUGUUUAGCGUCUAUUGCACUUUUAAUUUAUUUUUAUUAUACUUGCAAAUGAUAACGAUAAAAACGGUCUCCGUUUCUCGCGAUAUGAUGCCAACCGUAAUUUUAAAUGUUCUAUUGUCCACCAGUACCUUUGCCGACCAUUUGUUUAUUACUAAAGUUGUAAUUAUUACUAUAUAAUAUAGUAAAUAAUUGUUAAUUAUUGUACAUAUACUCGAUAAGCCAUAUGUACCUACAUAAUAAAAAAGACGAUUCUAAAUUUGAAAUAACUAUUAUAUUAAAAUACAUUUAGUUGUAUAUUGUGGUUAUAUUUGUUAUAUUAUUAUUAUUAUUAUUAAUACAAUUGUUUUAAAUCCAUUAUAUUAUGUCCAAUAUUGUGCGUUCAAAAUGGUUUUAAGUAUUGCGUAUACACACCAAUGUUAAAUCUUAUUUUUCGAACUCUAACAAAUGUUUAACAAAACCCAUCAUUUAAAUAUUUUUUACACAAGUGUUUAUGAGCACUCAUAGUCCAUGUAUAAUAAUAUAAGUAAUCAUUGCUCCUCAAAAAACAAUUUGUUUUACUAAUACAUUAGAAUUGUACUCAUUUGUAUCAAAACAGUAACUACUAAAAAUCCUCAUUUUAUAUAAUUUUAAAAACUCUCAUUUAAGUCAUUUACAGCAUAUAAAAAUAGAACAUUUAGUAUAUUUAAUAAAAAAAUUGAAAAAUUUAUAUUAUUCCAUUAUUUUACAUAGUUAUAUUAGUUAUUUGAAAUUAAAAUCUGAACAACUUCAAAUUCUAUAGAAUUGACUACAAAAGAAAAUAACUAAAAGCCCCUAUAUGAACAUUCGGCUUAAAAAUAAUUUAUUUAGUCAACCAAUUAGUUACUCAAUCUAAUUAAUUAUAGAAUGUUAUAAGUAUAUUCGUUCUUUUAUUUAUUUUUAUAUUUAUAACAUGUACAUUUGUGUUCAUUAUAAUUUAAAAACGGUUUAUUGUUGUUCAUAAUUGUUUGUAAAAAUUAUAUAUUUGUGUUGGAUUAAUACAAAUAUAAUGUUUGAUUGUUGCACUCGUAGAUUUGUGCAGGGUAUUUAAAAAUGAAUCAGAAAUAAGAGAAUUAAACAAAUUGUGCGUCUUUGAUGUUUUUGCUUAAGUAAAAGUGAUUAAUUUUUUAUCAAAUGCUAAGCUAAACAGACCCGUAGUGUAGUGGCUUUUAAACAACUUUUAACUAACAAUUAAGAAGUUUCCGUUAAGUUAGUGUUAUUUUUGCUUCUUUAUCAUUCUGCCUGCAAAGGUUUGAUUACCAAAAACAAAACUUAUUAAAAUACUAUCUACGAGUAAUAAUAGUAAUUUAUAUAAUUUAAAAUUGUUUGUAUAUAAAAUUUG